UUACUCCAUACCUCUCCGGUAUGUCCCGGGACCUCCCCACUCCGGUGGGUGCCCCACGGCUCCUCAGGCCCCCGCCCUGCCAUCCAAGUGCCCCCCACCUCCUCCAGCCCCGGCCCCGGCCCCGCCCGCGCGCCGCCCGCCCGCGCGCCGCCGAGGCCGUUUCGCCCCUCCCGCCCCAGCUCCAUUCGCGGACAUGGCGGUGCCGGUGCCGGUGCUGGUGUUGCUGCCCGCCCUCCUCUCCGGGCUCCUCUCGUGUCCCGGAGCCGCUGCCAGCGUCCCGCCUGCUUGCGACAAGUACGGUAUGCCUGGAUGUCCAAGGAACUACGAUCCAGUGUGUGGGACCGACGGAGAGACCUACUCAAAUGAGUGUGUGCUCUGCCUUUCAAACAGAGAAAAUAAAAAGGAUGUCCAAAUUUUCAAGAUGGGAAGCUGCUGAUAUGGCAGAUGGCCACUUUUCAAGAAAAUGAGAGGGGCACAGGCCCUCUGUCCCACAGUCCAAAUGGAAACAAUGCCUUGAAUGUACCUUCUGUGUAGCCUGUCUUAAUAAAUAAGCUUGUCUGUUGAAAAAAA